AUGGAGAUGAAGUCGAAGGUCAAGAGGGAUGGUGACUUCAUCCCUCCGGACGGUGGUUGGGGCUGGAUGAUCGUUUUCGCCGCUGGCCUCUCAAAUUUGUCAGCGCUACCGAUGCUCCAGCAAUUCGGUCUUCUCUUCCGCGAUAAGUUCGCACGCCUCGGCAUCAGCAGUUCGGAGACUACGACCAUAAUCAACAUGAACUCUGCGCUGACCUCUUGCGUCGGAUUAGCGAAUGGACCAGUGUUCAAAACAUUUAGCUAUCGUCAGGUUUCCCUAACUGGUGCCAUAGUUGUCUUUAUUUCGUUGAUUCUAACAACAUACUCUUAUAAUUUCAUAACUUAUUUGAUAUCGUUCUCAAUACUGUAUGGUGCUGGGUAUGGAAUUAGUAGUUCUGCUAACGCUCUUGCGUUAAAUACCUAUUGGAAGAAGAGAAGGCGACUGGCCACAGGUCUGUCAUGGACUACAACAGGAAUGGGACCUAUGUUAUGGCCGCAUAUCAUAACUGGAUUAUUCGCCGUUUUUGGAGAAACCGGCGCAAUUCUGAUAAUAAGUGGGCUCUCCUUGCACGCGAUAGCCUGCGCACUUUUAUUGCAACCAGUUGAGUGGCAUUCAAAAGAGCCGAAUGUAAAAGGCCAAGACGAGGAGAAAUUGUUGACGGAAAACCACAACGUCAAUAACGACAAGAAAGCUGAAGAGAGUGGCUACUUUAGCCAAGUUUCAAAGAUCAAGAAUUUAAGUGUCUUUUCCAGCCAGUAUUUAUACAACGAAGAUGAUCCAGUGACGCCAGGCUAUGAAAUCACAGAUCCCGGUGUACCCAUGAUGCUACGAGCUAAUGACGGUUACUUCAGCCAGUCGAGACAAUCAAAAAGUCGUAUUUCCUCCAGGGAGGGAUCUAAUAGAAAUUCACGCCUGAAUUCUAAAAAACCAUCCAUGUCUAAUUUGCUCGAAAAUCGAUCUCGCAAAUCAUCAACUUUAUACCUUAACGAAUCUAAAAAAAACUCGUCGGCUAAUUUAGGCGCACUAGCGCAAGAGCGUGAAGUUUUUAAACCAAAACGUAAGACUUCUAUUAAUUUAGACAAUCAGAUUCCAGAAUCUGAAAUUGAAGACUGCCCAACCCUUAAGGCUCCUCAAGAUUUGAAAGCGGAAGAGAAAGCCGUAGUGCAAAAUAUAGAUCCGGAAAAAGCUAAGUAUAUCGCUGACAAAGCCGAAAAGCAUUUUGUAGGCAGUAAGAGCAUUAAAUCUUUUAAAAUGGAUGGGCAGUAUGGAGAAAAGUACAAUAAAGACAAUCACAGCAAUAUAUCUUUUAAGAACCAAGAUGAUACUGAAGAAAAAAAAUACCUUAAAGAUAAUCACAGCAAUCAGUCCUACCGCACUAGACACCGUAAGAAGUCAAAUAACUUUAACUACGAAAGUGAAGUCCUUAAACAAGCAUCACUAAAAUUGGAACAGUACCUAAAAGAAAGUGAAGAUAAAACUCAUAGCGAUAGAUUUAAAUUAUUGAUAAGUAGUCCAGUGGACGACGAUGUAUUCGAUGAAAAGAAAGAAGAGCAGGAAGAAGAAGCAGAGGAAUUAACUUUUUGGCAGAAAGUAGCGCUGUUCUUUGAUUUGGAUCUUUUACAAGAUUUCACUUUUAUAAAUUUAAUGUUAGUUUUAGCAUAUUGUCAAAGUUAUUCAGUUGUGCUAUCAGUAGCAGUUAUAAUAGGUUUUGGUAAAGGACUUCGAACAGUGUUUAUGGCUUUAGUUAUUCCGACUCAUGUGCCAUUGCACAAACUACCCGGCGCUACGGGUAUACAACUGAUUACUGCUGGAAUAGUCUACCUUGCAUUGGGACCUGUUGUAGGAUGGAUCAAGGACAACACUACAACAGCAGUGACUCUACAUUGUUUAAACAUUUUCACUUGGCUGACAGCAAUAUCAUGGGGCUUAGAAAAAUAUAUCUCAUCGAAACGACAAAAUGAGACAAAGGAAGAGUUAACUAAGGCG